AUGUCAAAUUCCCAAUUUUUGAGUAAGUUAAAAACUGAACUAAAAUCAGAUUUAGUCAAGGACGAAGUAAAAAAUGGUUUGUUUAGAGAUAUUCAAAACGGAUCAAUAGACUCACAUGAUGAGUCAAUAUCACCCAUGAAACCAUAUGAGAAAUCUGUAUUUUACACAAUGAGAAAAGAAUUAAAAGAUAUAAAUAAAGACAUCAAAGAUAGGCCAAUUAAAGUCACUUCCAAAAAAGAGAAGAAGCCAGUUGAAAUUGAAGUAAAUCAAGAUGAAAUAAUAGAGGAUGAGGAUAAUUUCACUCCUACGAAAAGUCAACAUCGAGAUAUAAAUUAUAGUAUUAUUAAGGACUUACGAGCUCAAUUAAAAAGAGAGAAAGACGAAUAUAUUGAAAAUGUCAAAGAGUUUCGAAAAAGAGAAAAAUAUUUAAUUGACGAUAAGGAAAAUUUUAUAAAACAAGUCAAUAAUGAACGAAAUUCAAAUAAGGAAAAAAUUGAAAAUCUAACAAUUGAAAACAAAAAGUUGUAUUUAGAAGAAGAGAAAUUAAGAAAUGAAAAUGAGAAACUAAGAACUGAUAAUAAUUUACAACGAAACAUGAAUGAGAAAUUAAAUCAUGAAAUUGAAAAGUUACGAGAUCAACUUGAAAAGGCAAUGAAAGUUAAUAUCAAUCAUAUAAAUGCAUUGAAAUAUAAUGAUGAUGACAAGUAUAAAUCAAAUCAACAUGAGCGUGAGCAAGAAGUUGUAUUGAAUAAUGACAACUUUAUCGAAGAUAGUGAUGAAGAUGGAUUAAUCGUGGAUACGAUUGUAAAUAAAGAACAUGAUUACUUUGUAAACGAUGAAGCUUUACACAAAAUUGAUAUGGAAUUAGUCAAAGAUUUAAAUACUGAAGAUCUACUACCGAGAGAUGUUGAUGAACAAUUACAUGAAUUGAAGUUGCAAAAAACUGCAGAAAUUUUAGGGAAUCUAUUUAAUACAUAA